AUGCUAGCAAUUCUGGUGUCGGGAGGAAUUGUGUUGCAGAUACUGGCAUGUGCUUUGUACAACAAUUGGUGGCCAAUGUUAACAGUAUUAAUGUAUGUUCUUCUACCUAUGCCUCUGAUUUUCUUUGCUGGGUCAGAUACUUCCUCACUCUUCUCUGAAUCAGCGAGUAGUUGGGUAGAUGCAACAAAGUUCUUGACUGGAGCUUCAGCUGUUGGCAGCAUUGCUAUACCAAUUAUCUUAAAGCAUGCUGGAGUAAUUGGUUGGGGAGCCAUGGCAAUGGAACUCUCAUCCUUUUUCGUACUUGUCAUGGCUAUUUUGUGCUACCUCGGAACAAGCGAUGAUGAUGGAUACAUUACAUUUUGA